UUACCAGGUCAAUGGGGUCAAAACCAUCCACUUUAGAGCGUUCGCUUGCGCUAUUUUGAAAUGGGUUUGAAUUCAACUAUGCCAACUGUGUAAGAUAAAAUACUGAGAUUUUUUAAAAUGAUGUUCCUUCACUUGUUGGACAUUAGACGUUAAAUCGGGGCUGUGGUCUGGGACGUUGUUGUAGUUACAACACCCCUCCCUGCUCUGUUUUGGACUCUUCCGCGUUGUCAUGGAUACGAGCAAAGCUACACAGACAUGGCUAGGCUGGUGAGGUUUUACGGUCAGAUGGAGCGCAUUAAAGAGCAAUAUUUGAUCAGAAACAGAAAUGCAGAAGAGAACAGACUGCGAGAAAAUGCUGCAGCAGUGAAGAUUCAGAGCUGGUUUCGAGGCUGUCAGGUGCGAGCCUUCCUCAGCUAUCUUCACCGGAAUGCGACUGUAAUACAGAAAACAUGGCGGGCUUUCAGCGCACGCCAGUACUUUAGGCAAAGGGUAAAGACAGCAUAUUUUCUCAUGAAGAUGAAUUUCUACAAUAAGAUGGCUGUCAAGAUACAACAGAGAUGGAGAGGCCACUACAUAAGGAAGUACGUUCACAAUUACUAUGAACGGAAGAGGUAUUUGGAAGCCUUGGCAAAGAAGAAUGAACAAGUCAGGAGAGAACUCGAGGAACUAGCAGAGCACCAGAAAAAAGAGAGAGAGCGCAUUGCCAUGGAGAGAGAGGAGCAGGAGAAAUAUAUGCAAGCUCAACGACUUCACUUCCUUCUCAGCACCAAACAGCGCCCAGGUGUGUUCAACUCUCCGUUCCGCCCAGAGCCUGAUGAGAUGGAGCUGAGGUUAAGGACGGUAAAACCUUUGCGGACAAGAUCUGCUCCCAAAGAAACAGCGACCAACCAGCAGCCAUCUGGCUUCUUGUCUAGCAUAGAGAGACUACCACCAAUACAUAAGACACCACAGGGGCCUUUCAGGGCAGCUGCAGAGGUUCAGCGGCAGCGCCAGCGGCCCCUGGAGCCGAGCCUGCGCGUGGCCACAUCCAUCACGGCCCUGGAGGAGGCCAGAGAGGAGCUGCGGCAGCACGAAUGGAGGACUCGCCUCAUCGACCAGCCGUUUAUGCCUUUUUCGAAGGCCCACCCAAAGAAAGAAUAUGAGGCUCUUCUCCGCACACAUUCUCCAUAUCAGCAGACAGCGUACGGAAAAAAGUACUUCAGAGAAGAGGACAGGACCCAUCUCCAAGGGAAAAAGUGUAGAGAGCUGUAGCAGCUUCAGAGGGAACAAGAAGCAGUGGUGUAUGAAAGAGUCCUCUGCCUUUUCAGCUGAGAAUUACGCCAUCAACUUCUCGCUAGCGAACAUAAUGUAAACUCGUUUCGGCUGCAGGCCGGUGAGAUGUCAGCGUGUCGGACUGCGGAAAGUGCAUUGGAUGCAUUAGGAUUUGACAGGGUCCUUUCUUGAAAUAAGUGAAAUUAAUGGAGCUCUUUUCAUGUACGACAAGGCCGCGGUACCCCUUUCACACUGCUUACAUUCAGAGAAAAGUCAAUACUUUUUUAUUACUCGAUUGUGACCUACAUUCUGCACUACAAGUGCUAGCCUGCUAAUUGGUUUCAAGAGGGGGAAGAAAAACAGAAUAGCUCCAUGCCAAAGAAUGGUGAGGGUUUUUUUUAAUGGCUGCAUCUGUUUUUUAAGGGUAAGGUUACGACAAAUGCUGGGUUAAAUAUGACUCCAGUAGGCAAAAAUUAAGUUUCAGAUUGAAGCUGUAGUUAAGUAGCAAAAGUUAUGCAUUUUAAAUGAAAACGCACUAGUGUAAACAGGGCCUUAGUUGAAGCACCUUUAGAUUUUAUCACAGCAUUCAGUCUUUUUGGGGGAAGAGUCAAUCAGUUUGGCAUAUCUUGACUUAGCAAUAUUUUUGCCAUUCUAACACAGCCCUCUUCAGGUCACCACACAUAUCUUUGAUUGGAUUUAGGUAUAUACUCUGACUGGGCCAUUCCAAAACCUUGAACUUGUUUUGUUGAAGCCAUAUGUUUUGUUGAUCUGGAGGUUUGCUUCGGGUCGUUGUCAUGUUGAAAGGUGAAAUUCCUUUUCAUCUAAAGUGUUUUAACAGCCUUAAGGUUUUGUGACAAAACUGACUGGUAUUUGGAGCUAUUCAUUUUUCCCUCCAUCCUGAUUAAAGCCCCAGUUGCAGCUGAAGCAAAACAGCUCUAAUGUAUGAUGCUGCCACCAACAUGCUUCCCCAUGGGGAUGGUGUUCUUUUGGUGAUGUGCUGUGUAUUUGAAUAUAUUUAAACAUAUAUUUUUUUUGGUAUUCUGGCCAAUAAGUUAAAGUUCUCAUCAGACCAUAACACAUUAUUCCACAUGGUUUUGGGAGAUUGGAUUUAUUUUUAAUAUUUUUUUUAGUAAAAGAUUGACAUCAUUGCCGUCUUGCCAAUCUAGCCCAUAGCCCUGAGAUAUGAAGAAUUCGGGAGACUGUUGUCACAUGUAGGGAGAAACCCGUACUUGCCAGAAAUUGCUGCAAUUAUUUUAAUGUUGUUGUAGGCCUCUUAGCAGCCUCCUUGACCAGUUUUCUUCUGAUCUUCUCAUGAAUUUUAGAGGGAUGUCCUGUUCUUAGCAGUGUCAUUGUUGUGCCAUAUUUUCUCCAAUUGUUGAUUAUUGUCUUUACAGUGUUCCAUGAUAUAUCCAAUGCCUUGGGAAAAUUUUCUAACCCUCUCCUGACUGAUAUUUGUCAACAGUGAGACCUGUUUUGUAAGCUCUUUGUGGCCCACAGCUUUUCCAGUUGGAUGUUACCAAGAAGAUGUCAGGGAAAUCCUGUAGGAACAGCUGUACUUUAUUUGGGGGUAAUCAGUCACUUUAAUUGAUGGCAGGUGUAAACUAAUUAUUAUUUAACAUGAGUGUGAAUGUGAUUGGUUGAUUCUGAACACUGCCACAUUCCAAAUUAUAAAAGGGUGUGCACACUUAUGCAAGCUGGGUAUUGGAAGUAUUUUGUUUUUCUUUUUUUCCCCCAAAAAACACUGCUGGGUGUUUGUCACUUGAUAUUUAUAUGUUGCAAUUUCACAAUUACAGGUGAAAAAGUUUCAAACAUGGUUUAACUUAGUUUAAUUUUCUUAUAUCACAAAAACCUGCCAUUUGAACAGGGGUGUGUAGACUUUUUAUAUCCACUGUAUGCUGUAAAUAAUAAACCCAAAAUUAAGUAUAUGUAGUUUUAUUCUCAUUGGUUCCUGACUUUCUGGCACCCCGUAUCUGCAGUAUAUGCACUCCACCUCUUCCUCAAGCUGCCAGCUCGGCUGCUCCUGUGGCUCUGACCAUGUGUCGGCGCAGUGCAAGUUCAACAUACUUUGCCUUCCAUAUCAUU